AUGGGGCGCACUAAACGCCCGGAGCAGCCCCAGACCCCAAGGCACCCCUCACAGGGCCCGCUGGACGGUUACCUGCAGCCGCAGACAGGAACGAGCGGAGACUCCGGGAGUCCCAAAAUGGCGGCACCAUCCACCUCAGGACAGGAGGGACCGGCACUUGACCGGAUUGAAAGUACCCUGCGGGACCUGGCAGCGGCCAUGGUCACGAAAACUGACCUCCAGGCUAACACUACUGCCAUCCAGGAAACCCUGCGGACGGAGAUCGCAGGGAUCCGCACAGAACUCACAACGCAAGCAGGCCGCAUCACUGAGGUGGAGGAGGCGAACGCGGCCCUCACGACCCGCAUGGCAGCUACUGACACAGCGGUGGCAAGACAAGGUGAGAUGUUGCUCUCCAUGCGUCGGCAUCUCGAAGAUGUGGACAAUAGAGGCAGGAGAUGCAAUAUACGUAUCCGUGGUGUGCCAGAAACAGAAGGGACGGAAAACGUAAAUGACACCCUUAUGGAACUCUUCCGCUCCCUAUUACACCCGACCCCGCUGCCAGAGAUAGAAUUUGAGCGAGCACAUAGGGCCCUGCGUCCUUGCAAUGUGGAAGAUGGGCCGCGGGACCUAAUAUGCUGCCUACAUUCCUUCCCGGUGAAGAAUACCAUUAUGGUAAAGGCACGGGAACGGCAGACCUGGCCCUUUAGAGGAGUUCAAGUCGCCCUCUAUAAUGAUCUAUCUCCCAUAACCCUGGAAGCCAGACGGGCCCUACGCCCGGUUACUGCGAGACCGAAAUAUCCACUACAAGUGGGGCUUCCCCUUUGCCCUGAUGGCUAG